AUGAAUUACAGCAAGAAAACGUUGAUUUCAAACUGGCACAAAAACAGGGAGGCAGAACCAAAAGACUAUGAUAUAUCUGCAUGUCAUGAUGGACAAAGAAAAUUACCCACAACACAGUCCACAUACAGACAUCUUGGCACAUACUUGGAUGCAGAUUGGAGGACAACAACCCAAACGGCUCACUCACAGCAAAAGCAUGAGGCUAGGAAUACUGCAAAGUCAAUGGUGCAAGCUGACUUUUUCCACUCUCUGGUGUUUGAGAGACAAACACGAACAUCAGACACAGCUGUAAAAUCAGUCCUAUCCUUCUAUCAGCCAAGAUGUAAUGAAAAUGAGUUAAUUACUACAUAUGCACUGAAUUAUGUUUCACCCCGAAUAACCACCAAGCAGACCAUGCAAGCCAAGGAAUUGGUAGACAGGAAGCAGGAUUUCAGAAGGCACCAGUCUCAGUUCACUGAUGUGGCAGAUCAUCGGCGGUGGGGCCGGAACACCUGGCAGGAUUUCAGUGAUGAGCAAGUGGCAAGCUCCCUGUAUAGACAAAUAAAUCUCUCAUGUCCAUGGGACUCUUCAUUCCUCAUAUCUUCAAUUACUUGUUUUGGCACGAUUUAGUCAAGUAUGUCAUGCUUAUGUUUUUCUUUUUAUCAUUUAUAACUUUCUAAUGCCCAAAAAAUCUUAAAUUGUGAUAUAGAGAGAAGUAAUUUUCACCACACAUGCAAAAAAUUAUAUAAACAUCGUAUAGGCCAGGUCAGUGCUGGGAUUAGUUUUCCUUCCCAGUAGGAGAUGCAUAGAGGUAAAAUAAAUCUAUUCAUUCGCUGCUAUACUGUACCUGUUCCUUCCAUUAUCUAUUAAAGUCCCAACGAACAUUGUCCCAAAAGGGUUGUUUGUUCCAUGCAGACAAAUACGUGGCCUCACUCAAAUUGUUCAGUGAGGUUUGUAAAAAAAAACAAAAAACUGUGCAGCCCUUACAUAUCGUAACUAUGCUGAACAGCAGAUGUAGGGUUUAAUUUAGAAAUGCACAUCAUUUUCCUGCAUCAUCUUCUUUAGUCGGAACGGUUGUUACCAUGGCCGAUGUGUUGUGAAUCUCUAACAAACAUUACCAUCGUGCUGCUUCGCCUGGUUAUUGGUUUUCUUUUUUAAGAGAAGGGUUCUUAGCAUUACAGUAGAAGCAACCACAGAAGCCUGAGUAUCUAUUACUCACCCACAUAAAGAAUGUGCUUUUGGAAAGAAAUAACGGUUUAAUGUAAAUGUUUCA